AUGCACCUUAGGGAGGCCAUAGAAUCGGGCCAAAGCCGUAUCUUGGGGUCGCUCAAAGGGACUCCAACGUACGGACUGGCUAAGUGGCUGUUCCGGCGUCUCAAGUUCCUGACCGCUGAGUCAGACACCACGGUCUCUUCGUCAGCACAAUUCCUGGAGAAAGUCCAAGGGGUAAGCAUCCAUCCAAAUGAGGUCAUGGUAUCUUUUGAUGUUACAUCCCUUUUUACUUCUAUUCCCCAGGACCUGGCGAUCGAGACAAUUGAACUGCUACUACAAAGCAAAUACGAUGAAACGGAGAACCGUCUUGGACACGCCCAAAUCCUUCAGCUCCUGAAGCUCUGUCUCAGGACGUACUUCACGUUCGACGGGACAAUCUACGAACAGGUGAAGGGCACACCAAUGGGUUCGCCGAUUUCGGGAUUCAUCGCCGAGGCGGUCCUGCAACGGUUAGAGUCGCUGGUCUUCCAACACCACAGACCGAAAUUCUGGGCCCGGUAUGUGGAUGAUACCUUCGUCGUCAUCGAACGGGAUCAGGUGUUGAAAUUCCAAGAACAUCUCAACGCCGUCUUCCCGGACAUUCAAUUUACGAUGUAG